UUUUAAAUUCUAGUAGUACAAAGCUUUGACUUUUAUCAUAUUGCUCUUCUGAUUUCUGAUAGUGAUCUCUCUCUCUCUCUCUCUCUCUCUCUCUGACUUUCUGUGAGAAAACAUUUGUACAAAGACAAUAUAUCCGAGUGCAGCAGCUUCAAUGGAGGGCCUCCCCUCUGGUUAUCGUCCCAACGUUGGUAUUUGUCUCAUCAACCACGAUCAUUUGGGAGGCAUUGAAGAUGGAGAGGACCCAAGAUCUGCUGCCAUUAGGGAAUUGCGUGAAGAAACUGGAGUAAUAUCAGCUGAAAUAAUUGCAGAGGUCCCGCAGUGGUUAACCUAUGACUUUCCACCAGCUGUAAAGGCCAAAGUAAGCCGUCUUUGGGGAGGAGAAUGGCAUGGACAGGCACAGAAAUGGUAGGUACCGUAUGGUAUUUUGAUAAGCUAAUAUUUUAUUCUUUUAAUGUGUAUCAAGUUGAAUAAGUUUUUGUUAAGUAUACUUCCAAGGGGAAUAUUGUGCUUGUCAAUCAUAAAAAUUUGUGGAAAUGAAUUUCAAAAGAGAGCUAAGGGGAACAUUGUGGCCAUAAACGACUUGUUUCCUGCGAGCCACUUAUGCUUGCUCCAUCAAAUCUUAUAUGAUCCCUUAUUCAUACUUUCUCUAUGGAGCAAUGAUAUCAAAUUGCUGUAUGGGUGAGUGAGCUCCAUUUAGUCCUUGUCCAUUCACUCUCUUUCUCCCUCUCCUCUAUUCACAUGCAUCUCGUAGAUUUUGUCCUCUUUCUCCACAGGUCCACACUGGAAAAACAUAACACUCGUUGUAGUUUCCUUUGGCUGUGGGCUUUGGUUGGUCUGAAAGGUAUUACUGAAAACGCAUAGGUGAUAAAGGAACGAAUUAUUCUCUGAAGGAAAACGACCGUCAGGUUUCAUUCUUCAGUACUUAAAUGUAUGCGAAUUCAUUAGAAAUCUGGUUUUCUUGUGAUUUGCAUAGAAAAGAUUACAGUUAAGUGGGAGUGCUUCCUCUGAUAUCAACUAUUUCAUCAUCACUCUUGUUCCCUACUGAAUAUUUUCCACCUUCAUAUUUGAAAUGUUUCGGUAUGUCACUGAAAUGUAAAAUGUCGGUGGAUUUCCUUUGGAAGUGGAUUUAAUGGUCUAGAGUUAAAAUCUACGAACGACUAUUUGUUUAAAAAAAAAGUUAAAUGUACUUAAUUUUCAUCAAAUUUGAACUGUUUCCUAAUAACUCCAGUUUGGUCAAAUUCAUUUAGUCUUAACUUGGAAUUAACAAAGUAAUAGGUAUGAGGGUAGUCUAGCUGAAAAGCUGUUGACUUUCUCACACUGGGGUUUUUUCAUAUGCUUUAGGAACUGUUUUUUCCUGGUUGUGCAACACUCUAGUCAAUGCGAAUAUGUUGUAAUACUUAUAGAUGGUCAUAUGGAAUUAUGUCAUUCUUGUUACUCAUAUCAAAUUGUAGUAAUACUUAAAAUUUGAUGUGAAAGGAAAAUUGUGCAACCUGAGCAUAGUGUUGAUAGUUCACUGCUCUAUGUCCUCAAUUACAUUGUGAAAUGAUGCUAACAAGUCCCAUGUCAGGAGAAAAAUAAUGGUCCUUUCGGGAUAACCUACAUCCUAAAUUAUAUUCUGAAUCAGUCACGCUCAAAUGCACUAGAAAAGGUAUUAGGAAAAUUUCUCCUUUAAGUGGAGCUACCUCUUAGUCUAUCCUCUGGUGAAUUAUGUCACCCUAAGUAAGGAGUUUCAUCCAUGUUAAAGAAGCAUGGAGUGCUAUAGCAAUAGGUAUGUCUUGUACUCAUUUUGGGACUUGGGAGCCGAUGUAGUUUAAUUCAAAUAUUUCCUGUAUUACCAGAGGCUAACUAUGUUACAUGGACUCGGGAACAUGUACGUGUAUUUGGUAAGAGUGUGUACAAAAAUCCCAUAGGUACAUCUAGUUUUGUUUCUAAUUUUGUGUAUAUUUUGAAGAUUUUCUUAGACGUACUCUACGACGUUUCACACCCAUUCGAUACAGAUAGGUCAAGACAAUUUAAGGAUCUGUGGCCUAGGGAGCUAAUGGAUUAAUUACUUAAAGGGUCAGCAAUGAACUUGGGGUAUCGGUAAUGGUAAAGCAACAGCCUGCAAUUAGGUCUGGAUUUCCUACUUCUGCAGUUCUGCUUUUGUAAAAUGAGGAUUCUGCGUAAUUUCUUUCAAAUUAGUGGUUCAACUGUGGCAAUUACUUUGGUUAAAUGAAUAGUAUCAGUGCUGCUUUUCACUUGAUUAAGAUUUGGAUUCGCCGCUGUCUUUUACCUUGUUGUUGCUAUUAAUUGGUUAUUGCUUCCUUUAACUGUUCUUGAGCUGAGGAUCUAUCGGAAAUAGCUUCUCCACUUCAUAAGGUAGAGGUAAGGUCUGCGUACACAUUACCCACCCUCCCCAGACUCCACUUGUGGGCGGAGACAGGAUUUCCGCUAAGAGGGUUCAAAAAAAAAUUAAAAAAAUAAAAGAGAUAUUGUAGCUAGUGGAAAUUGAACCAAUGACCUCAGAAAGGUUUUGAACCCCCUUGAUCACUUAGCUAUCCUUU